AUCCACCAACAUCUCGGUAACAGUGUCAGUAAUCUUAUUCUAAGACUUGGGGGAAGACGGUUUGAUCUCAAUGACGACCGAGUCCCGGCAAUCAGCCCACCCUCUCCGCUCAUUCCGGCUACAGUCACCUCUCAGUUCUAAGAAUAUCACAAAUGCACACAAUUAUUAAGGUCAAACAGACAGCUUCUCCUUUUCGGCUAUAUAACUCUUCAUUCUUUUUUAUAUUUUUUCUCUUUACUUUCCCGUUUUUCCUUUCUUCUCCGAACAGUAACCCCCUCUUUCACCAUUGAUGCAGAAAGAUCACUUCUUGAAUGGCGGAGGAGCUCCGCCGCCAUUACACUUUGAACUCACUAAAAUGCAUGAGUUGAAUUCAAAUUGGGGAUGUUCCCAAGAUCAUCAGUACGCCCAAUUCGAGCUACCAGUCAAUUCAAUGGCCACCACAAACUCCGCCGUCCCCGGUGGCUUCGCAAUUACCGAACUGAUCGGCGAACUCAGCAAUAUGUGUAGUUCCACUUCGACAUUCGCCGCCCCUUACGUUCAUAACAAUGAUAUUAACGUUAAUAAUAAUAACAGUUUGGGGGAUUCCCUGAAAUCUCCUCCGAAGUUGCACGUACCCAGUUUGGGAAACUCACCUCCCCUGAAUCGGGCGGUCUCCGAUCACGUUGAGAUGGCUGCGAAGUUUUCUUGCCUGGGUAACCGGAGCUUUAACGGUAGAACUGGUCAAUUCGGGUUGAAAAAUGGAAAGGUGUCUAGAGUUUUGAGUAGCCCUUCUCUGAAGCAAUCUGGAAUUGAAACCCGACCCAAAUUUAAACCCGAGCCCCCAUUCUUUCCGGGCUCUGGUGGCAACUAUUCCAAUGCAGAACUGUCUGUCUCUGAUCAGCCCCUGAGCGGCUCGGCCGAAUUCAAUCCCAGAAAAAGAAAAACAGCCUCAGGGAGAAAAUCCGAGGAAGAUGGCAAGGGAGUUGAAGGGGACAGCUAUUCAAAUGCAAAACAAUCUAAACUAACAGAGGUGUCUAGGGGUGACUACAAUGAUAAUAGUGGUGUUCAAGCAGAGGAUGAACUGAAUGGGAAUAAUAGUCAGAAGAGUAUUGAUAAUGUAGGAAAUGGUAAGGCAAAUCAGAAGCUUUCUGAGCCACCAAAGGAUUAUAUUCAUGUUAGAGCAAGAAGGGGGCAAGCUACUGAUAGCCAUAGUCUUGCAGAAAGAGUAAGGAGGGAGAAGAUCAGUGAAAGAAUGAAGCUUUUGCAAGAUCUUGUACCAGGCUGUAAUAAGGUCACCGGAAAGGCACUAAUGCUUGAUGAAAUUAUAAACUAUGUGCAGUCACUGCAACGGCAGGUCGAGUUCCUAUCCAUGAAGUUAGCAACAGUAAAUCCGAGGGCGGAUUGUAACGCAUCUAAUCUGCUCCCAAAGGAAAUAUGUCAACCAAAUGUUUCGUUGCCACUUCCUCCUAUGUAUCCACUGGAUUCAACGGCUUCCGCUUUUCAUCAGUAUGCACAUUCACAAGUUCCCCAACUAAAUAUGAGUAUUCCGAAUGGGACAGUAAGCCAAUGCCCUCCCAUUUUCUCAAUUGAUACCUCUCCAAACUGCAGCCUAGCAAUGCAGUUCCCUCCCAUAGAUGGCUUCACUGAAAAUCUUACUCAGUGUCCAUUGGCAUUUGAAGAUGACCUGCAAAGUAUUGUCAAAAUGGGAUUCAGCUGAAUCCCUACGAAGAUUGCAUUCCUAAUGUUCAAACUCUCAGAUAACAAAAAUGGUGCUUUGAUCAUAGUUCAUCCACCAUUGGUUGUGAAAUUCCAGGAGAAGAAAGUGAUGAUUGUACAUAUCUGCUUCAAGAACUUGAUUGUGGGCGUCAAAUUAAUCCCCAAGAUUAUUUUCUUUUAAUCUGUAUUACUUCUGUCUUUAAGGAAUAGGAGAUGCCCUCACCCCGAGGGCCCCGCAUCGCCCCUGCCCUUGAUUUAUUAGGAUCUUCUGAUUUAUAUUGUUAGGGAAAACAAAUCAUAAUUCUUGUCCAUUGUAGUAUUUAACAGCACUAAUAAUGCAGUGAUUAAAGGAUGCAUUAUCAAGUGAUUUGUCUUCUUCUUUUUCUUUUUUGAAUUAUUAUAUGAUUAGAUUGUGGUUGGUGCCAAGUUAUAGAGAAAUUAUGUUUUUCCCCUGUAAAUAAUUUGGUUAAUUAAGCAUAUAUUUUAAACAGCUAUGUGGGGUAGGGGGCUCCCUUUGUCUCUUUCUCAAGUCUUGUAAUCUUUGAAUGGUUUAUUAAUAAUAUUAUUAAUUUUAUUGGCA